AUGGCCUCGCUGCUGUGCCUCAGCCUCCUCGCCUCCGCCGCGGCCGCCACGUCGCCGGGCCGGCUGGUGCCGUUCGACCUGCUGUACGCGGACGGGGUGCGGGCGUACCUGGCGCGGGACUGGGCGCGGGCGGCCGAGCUGCUGCAGCGCGCCCUGCACAGCUACGCGGAGCUGCGGGCUGCCCGCCGCGCCUGCCGCGCCGCCUGCGCCCGCCAGGAGCCCUUCCCCGGCGGGCCCGGGCGCUGGGAGGCCGCGCUGCUCGGGCCGGUAUUGCAGCGCGCCGAGUGCCUGCAGCGCUGCCUGGGGCGGCGGCUGCGCCCCGCGCCCUCCGCGCACCGCGCCAGCCGCGCCGUGAGCCGCGACUUCGAGCGCAGGGAGCCCUACAACUACCUCCAGGUGGCCUUCUUCCAGUUGAAGAAGCUGGAUCAGGCCGUGUCUGCCGCUCACACCUUCUUCAUCGCUAAUCCCCAGCACCUCCAAAUGCGGGAGGACAUGGAGAAGUACCGGCGUAUGUCAGGGGUGAAGUCAGACAGCUUCCAGGACCUGGAGGCCACGCCACACUGGGAAGCAUAUGAGACUGGUGUGCAGCACUAUGAUGCAGAUGAGUACCUGCAGGCCGUGGCCAGGCUGGAGGAGUCACUCUCAGAGGCCCUGUCAGCACUGGAAGAAUGUCGUGCCCUGUGUGAAGGGCCUUGGGAGGAUGAGGAUGAAGAGGAGGAAAUGCAGCCUGGCCUGUAUGAAGCCAUCGCAGCCCAUUAUGUUCAGGUUUUGAAGUGCAGGCAGCAGUGCGUCCUGGAAAUUGCCACAAAGCCAGGGAGAAUUUCUGCCACAGAAGAUUUCAUACCAUCUCAUCUUGAUUUACUGCAGUUUGCCUACAGCCAGGUUGGGAACCAGACACUAGCUGCUGAGUGUGCUGCUUCCUACUUGCUCUUUUAUCCCACGGAUGAGCCUAUGUUGGAGAAAAUGAAACAGUAUCGCACAGAACUGGGAGACGAGGCAGCUGUCACCGCCAGACAGAGUAUUCAGCAUUAUGUGCAGAGAUCUUUGAUGGAGAAGAAGUUGAUUUAUUAUGCAGUGGAGCAUCUGGGAGAAACUUUUAAUGACCCUGAUCUUUGGACUCCAGAUGAACUGAUUCCUGAAAACCUAAAGCAGAAAUACAGAGAGGAUCAGGAGAAGCAAAAGCGGGAAACUCUGGAUGUGGAAGAGAGGGAGAAGAGGGGUCCUUUGCCUUUUGAGGGUAUUGCUGUCACGAUGGAUUCCCAGCAGAUGAAUGGAACCCAGAGGGUUGUGUUCGACAGAGUGCUGACAGAGUCUGAGUGUAAGGACCUUCUCCGACUGACCAAGGCAGCAGGGGAAGCAGGAGAUGGAUACCGUGCAAGACGGUCGCCUCACACCCCCCAUGAGAGAUUUGAAGGGUUAACUGUUCUGAAGGCCAUGCAGCUGGCCCAAAGUGGGGACGUGGAAUGGAGAGACGCCAAAUUACUUCUGCAGGCUAGUGAGAAAUCUCGGAAAAUCAUAGAGUCCUAUUUUACUCCUGGAAAGAAACUCCAUUUUUCAUUCACACACCUUGUGUGUCGCAGAGCUGUAGAUGGGGAACAGGAAGGCCGCAUGGAUCUUAGUCAUCCUGUCCACGCUGAUAAUUGUCUCUUGGAUCCUGAGGGGCAAGAGUGCUGGAAGGAACCUCCUGCCUAUGUGUACAGGGACUACAGUGGCAUUCUCUACCUCAAUGAUGACUUCCAAGGUGGGGGCCUUUUCUUCACUGAAAUGGACUCUGUGACUGUCACAGCUGAGGUGCAUCCCAAGUGUGGGAGGCUGGUGGCCUUCAGCUCUGGCAAGGAGAACCCCCACGGCGUGUGGGCUGUGAGCCGUGGAAGGCGCUGCGCCAUUGCCCUCUGGUACACGCACUCCCAGGAGCACGCUGAGCAGGAACGGGUGAAGGCAGAGGAGCUGAUGGAGCAGAGGGCUGUGGAGCAGGAGCAGCCUGAUGGAGAUAAACAUCAAGGAACUGAUCACAGCAGCAGAUCCUCCUCAGUGCGUGUUCCCAGCCGUGCAAGCAAGCCUGCAGAUGAGAGACAGAAGCCUGGCUUGGACAGGAAGCAGCAUCCCAAGGUGCUGCGAGCCAGAGAUGAGUUCUGA